AAAGGAGCCGCCCCGGCGGGCGUGUGGCAGCGGGUUUCGCACGGUCCAAUGAGGGCGGGCGGCGUGGCCCGGCCUGGUGGCGACGAUGACGCGCCUGCGCAGAGGCGGCGGCGCGGCUGGGGUUGACUCCGGGGGCGCGGCGAGGAGAGACAUGAGGCUGAGCUGGGUCCUGACAGUACUGUCCAUCUGCCUGAGCGCCCUGGCCACGGCCGCAGGGGCCGAGGGCAAACGGAAGCUGCAGAUCGGAGUGAAGAAGCGGGUAGACCACUGUCCUAUCAAAUCGCGCAAGGGGGACGUGCUGCGCAUGCACUACACGGGAAAGCUGGAAGAUGGGACGGAGUUUGACAGCAGCCUGCCCCAGAACCAGCCCUUUGUGUUCUCCCUGGGCACGGGCCAGGUCAUCAAGGGCUGGGACCAGGGGCUGCUGGGGAUGUGUGAGGGGGAAAAGCGGAAGCUGGUGAUCCCGUCAGAGCUGGGGUACGGAGAGCGGGGAGCUCCCCCCAAGAUUCCAGGCGGUGCAACCCUGGUGUUUGAAGUGGAGCUCCUCAAAAUCGAGCGACGUUCAGAACUGUAGCCACACUGGGGAGGGGCAGCGGCGAGGCCCCCGUCAGGGACCAGACUGUUUAAAAAAACAAAAAAAAACUUAAAGCCCA